UGAAUUACCCAGCAGGGCUGCUCCCGAGCUGACAAGGUAGCAGAACAGCAAACAAAAAGUGCCUUCGAGCUAGCUCACCCGAGAGGCGAGAAGGCACCGCGUUUGGCACAGAACGGAGACCUGCCAGGACCCUGCAGCGGGCUCAGACUGCAGGAUGACAGACAGUGACACAAACCUCCCAACGAUCCAGAGGAAGCUGGGACUGCAGAUAUGGAGCAUCGAGAACAUGAAGAUGGUUCCUGUGCCCGAGAAGGCCUAUGGGACUUUCUUCGAGGGGGACUGCUACAUCAUCCUGCACACCAAAAGGACCUCUCGUGGCACUGCCGUGGACUUGCACUACUGGAUUGGCAGGGACUCGUCGCAGGACGAGCAGGGUGCCGCGGCCGUGUACGUGACGCAGCUGGACAGUGUGCUCGGGGGCAGCCCUGUGCAGCACCGCGAGGUGCAGGGCCACGAGUCCGAGACCUUCCAGAGCUACUUCCGCAACGGCAUCAUCUAUAAGAAGGGUGGUGUGGCAUCAGGAUUUAAGCAUGUAGAGACCAAUAUGUACAACAUCAAGCGUCUUCUCCACGUCAAGGGAAAGAAGCAUGUGUCAGCCACAGAGGUGGCACUUUCCUGGGACAGUUUCAACAAGGGCGAUGUUUUCUUGCUGGACCUGGGGAAAGUGCUGAUUCAGUGGAAUGGACCCAGCUGCAGCAUCGCUGAGAAAUCCAGGGGUCUGGCUCUGGCUCGCAGCAUCAGGGACAGCGAGAGGGGAGGCCGCGCUCAGAUCGGCAUCAUCGACGAGGAGCAGAGCUGCCCAGACCUCAUGCACAUCAUGAGGAUGGUGCUGGGGGAGCGGCACGGCGAGCUCCGAGACGCCACCCCCGACACGAAAGCAGACGAGCUGCAGAAGGCAAACGUCAGGCUCUACCAUGUCUAUGAGAAGGACAAUGACCUGGUGGUACAGGAGAUAGCUACUCGGCCCCUGACACAGGAUCUGCUCCAGCACGAGGACUGCUACAUUUUAGACCAAGGUGGUUUCAAGAUUUAUGUCUGGAGAGGAAAAGCCUCCAGCCCAGAAGAGAAAAAAGCAGCCUUCACUCGAGCUGUGGGUUUUAUCCAAGCCAAGGGCUAUCCUUCAUCCACCAACGUUGAAGUGAUCAAUGAUGGAGCAGAAUCAGCCAUGUUCAAGCAGCUCUUCCAGAGAUGGACAGAAAAGAAUGAAACACAAGGGCUGGGCAAAGUCUACACUACAGGCAAAAUCGCCAAGGUGGAGCAGGUGAAGUUUGACGUCACUCAGCUCCACGCCAGACCAGAGCUAGCUGCUGAGCAGAGAAUGGUAGAUGAUGCCUCCGGGGAGAUAGAGGUGUGGAGAAUUGAGGACUUGGAAAUGAAGCCAGUGAAUCCCAAGACAUAUGGGCAGUUCUAUGGGGGUGAUUGUUACCUGGUGCUGUACACCUACCUGAGAUCAGGCAGGCCUCACUAUAUCCUCUACAUGUGGCAGGGCCGCCACGCCUCUGUGGACGAAGUCACUGCCUGUGCCCUCCAUGCCAUUGAGCUGGACAAGCAGCACGGGGACGAGGCCGUGCAGGUGCGCGUGACCAUGGGCAAGGAGCCCACCCACUUCCUGGCCAUCUUCAAGGGCAAGCUGGUCAUUUAUGAGGGCGGCACAGGCCGGGCUCAGCCAGGCGCGCCCCAGCCGGCGAUCCGCCUCUUCCAGGUGAGGGGCACGGAUGAGAUGAACACAAAGGCCACGGAGGUACCGGCCCGAGCCUCCUCCCUCAACUCCAACGACGUCUUCCUGCUGACAACCAGCCAAGUCUGCUACCUGUGGUGUGGGAAGGGAUGCAGCGGAGAUGAAAGGGAGAUGGCCAAAAUGGUAGCUGACAUCAUUUCCAAACGGGACAAGCACACCAUUUUGGAAGGACAAGAGCCAGCAGAGUUCUGGGAAGCCUUGGGAGGCAAAGCACCCUAUGCCAGUGAGAAGAGGUUUCAGGAGAAGAUCACACACUACCAGCCUCGCCUCUUCGAGUGCUCCAACCAGACAGGCCGAUUCAUCAUGACAGAGGUGGUGGGCUUCUGCCAGGAGGACUUGGAUGAAGAUGAUGUCAUGCUGCUAGACACAUGGGAAGAGAUUUUCCUUUGGGUUGGCAAAGGCUCCAACACAUACGAGAGGAACGAGGCAAUUGCCUCAGCUAAGGAGUAUCUCAAGACCCAUCCAGCAGGGAGAGACUUGGCAACUCCAAUCAUACUGGUGAAGCAGGGAUAUGAACCCCUCAACUUCACAGGCUGGUUCAAUGCCUGGGACCCCUACAAGUGGAGUGAUGGCAAGUCCUACGAGGAGAUGAAGAACAGCCUGGGAGAUGUGUCGGCUAUAUCCGAGAUCAAAGUGGACCUUAACAACAUCAACCUGAACAAGACAACCCUCAGCAUACCCAUCUCAGCUGGUGCAAGCACAGCAAGUGCUUCCCCAGAGUAUAAAUCACACCUGAACCACAGCACCAGCAACAGCUACAGCACCAGCAACAGCUACAGCACCAGCACCAGCAGCCCUUCCCUGCUGCCCAACGGGGAUGGGAUUUACUCCCGAGAGGUGCUGAUGAACAAGGCAGUGGAUGAACUUCCAGAAGGAGUGGAUCCCACUAAAAAAGAGUGCUAUCUCUCUGAUGCUGAUUUCCACGACAUCUUUGGGAAGUCCAAGGAUGAGUUCUACCAGAUGCCCAAAUGGAAGCAGCAGAAUGAGAAGAAGCAAUAUGGACUCUUCUGAGACCACAGAGCCAGCAAGCACCCAGUGACCCUGGGCCCAGCCUUAGGAGCUGCAGGGACGAAGUACAGACAUUCGCUCAAUGACCCCAACCCAGCAUCUCAAUCAGGCCAAGCUCCAGUGCAGUUAUUGCAGCAGCCACUGGUCAGGGGACACUUCCUUCCUCUCUGAACCUAAGGAGGCAGGGACAUACCUUCUGCAGGGACAGCUCUGUGGGAUGUUUUUGCCUCUUUCUGACACUUUAUUGCUCCUAGCCACGAAGAAAAGUAUGUGUCACACAACCAUACUGUAGCCUCUUCUUUCCUCUCCCUUUUGCAAAUUGCCACCUGCAGGAGGUCAUGAGAGUCCUUCAUUUGUAGAAGAUCACAGGCAGGAGGACAAAGGCCUUGCAGCUGCUAUGUAAAUCCUGGGUGAGGAGAGGAGGGUGGAGCCCUAGGAGGACAGAGGGAUAGCCAUGAGGUCAGGAAAAAGGUAGUGGAGCCUCCAGAUGUAUUUAUUAGCUGACCUGUUUCCAGAAGAUGAUGAGCCAUAGAGCUAGACACAGCUGUUGAUUUUGACAGCCAGACAAGACUCUGACUACAUUUAUGUCACUCAGACAGCAUUUGCAACCUCUCCUGACCAUCAGAUGCAGGUGAUGGUGAGAGUCCAUCUGCCUGAAGACCAGAGGCUUGAGAAAGCUGGGAGGGGUUUGGGCAUGACCCGAGGCAGUGUGUCCCACUGAAGAUUUGGUCAGACCUCCAUCCCUGUGAUGCCAUGGGGCUGAAAGCACUGGUUCCAGACCAUGGGCUCAGUCUGGUUGAGGGGAGGGCAGAGGGAAAUGUAAGCUCUCAGUGGUUAAGGGAUGCAACUGUAACCUAAAGGAAGAGACACGUUUCAAAACUCAGAAGAUGUGGAUUUGCAGCUUUACUCCACUCCCAACCUGACCAGUGAUUCCAAAUAAACAGCCAGCAGCAGCA